AUGUCAGAGAAUAGUUCAAUUUCAUCUACUCCACUUAGAAUGUCAACUCAUGAAGGGCAGGGACCUGAUAUAGUGGUAUCUUCUCCAUCAACACGAAGGUCCGUAUACUUAAAUAUUGCACAACCACCAGAGGCAAUAAAAAAACAAUUACAAGACCGAUUAAAUGAAAAAUCUCAGAAAAUCCAAAUGACUGCCGAAUUAGGUCAGGCACUAUUAAAACAAAAAUCCGAACUAGAACAACGAAUACAAGAGCUUGAUCAGACUCAAGGCGAUGAAGUUCCUCAAGAAAUUAAAGAUAAAUUAACCGAGUUGGAAAAACAAGCUAAACUUCUUGAAACGACAACAGCAAAGGUUUUUCUUGGUUCCAAAGGUCUUUCUUCGGAUGGAGAUAUAGCUGGAUCACCUGGUUCUUCUACUACAUCGAUGGUGGAUCCAAUACCCACAACAGCAACUGCUUCAUCACGUCCUAGUAGACGUGAAAUAAAUAAAUCAAAAAAUCGUAAAAAUGAUAUUGAAUUUGCUGCAGAAAUAGGACAGGGUCUAUUGGUGGAAGUUAGGCGUUUACAAGCUUUACUCCAAGAAAAGGAAGAAAGAAUAAAAGAACUUGAAGUGGAUAAAGCAGAAUUAGAGCGUGUAAUUGAAAUGCUUAACAAGCAACUUCGAGGAAAAGAAGAAUCAGAAGAACGGUACAAGGAAGAAAAUUGGAACCUUGAAGUAGCAAAACAAGAAUUGAGUGCACAAUUAGAUGAUCUUCAACAACAAUUAGCUAAAGCUCGUAAUGAUUAUUCAAAAAUUGAAAAAGCUCUUGCAGCUGCAACUGAUGUUAUUGAACAACUUAAAGAUAAAGAAGAAAGAUUGACAGCAGAAUAUGUUAACUUAAAAACUCGCCAUGAUAAAGAUAUGGCUAAUAAUAGAAGACAUGUUGCUGCACUUAAUCGAGAAAAAAAUGAUCUCAUGAAAAGUUUGGAUGAUCUGAAGAAUCAAUUUGAUUCAUUACAAGCUUCCAGCCGCAUAAGAAAACGAACACCGGAACCAGGUGCAGUUUCAAGUGAAGUAUACACUGACGAAUUUGGUCAACCUUUACCAUCUAACGAUAAUGAUACUAGUAACGGGAUCAUACCAGCAGCUUUACAAGGCAAAAACUUGAAUAUCGAAGUUGAAACUUUAAAAGCUCUAGGGGUUUCAAAUCGUAUGAUUGGUAAUCUUCGUGCAAAUCUCCAAAAAGAAAAAAGCGAAAAAUAUGAACUUAAGAAACUUUUAGCAGAUAGUCAAGAACAAAUUGAAGCGAUGAGAUAUGAAACAGAAUUUGCAGAUCCCACAGCUUUCGGCAAGAAACCUAAAAGUAAACGACCAAAGAGAUUGUCUGAAUCAAGUAAUGGAUUACCAAACAUUGACGAAAAUGAGCCAUUUAACGAUGAUGAUGAUUCACAAGAUGAUAAUGAAUAUUUUGAAGAACAACAUUUAGAAGAUGGUGAUGAUGAUGUGGAAAUCAAUAAAAAUAAUCGCCCUUCUUCAGAUAUGUUUAAACCUCGUAAACCUGAACUUUCAAGGAAGAGCAAGAAUUCAUUUGUAAGUUCUAUAAUGUCAAGUAAGAUCGAUGAGGAUAUUAUUCCUGGUGUCGAAGAAGAAGAAUUUGAUGAAAAUGAUGAAAUAGUCGCUGCUCAAAGAGCUGAAGCUCUUAAUAACUUAACUAAACUCAAUAGAAAUGCAUCUAUAUCAUCGAAAACAUCUCGAUUGUCAACGGAUCCUAAAGAUCCUGCAUCUCUUGAAGUUUCUAGCGAUCCUAAAUCUAUACGAAAUUCGACGAGUAGAGAAUCAGUUGUUCGUAUGCGUAUCAGUGAAUUUGAAGAUAUUUUAAAACAUAAAGUGAAUGAAGGUAGCUUUUUCCGUGAACGUAAAUCUGGUAGAUAUAAGAUCAUCAAUCUUGAUACUGGCGAGGAAUAUGAAGAAGAAAUUAAAGAUGAUGCUUCUUCAGUGGAUUCAUUUACAUCUGCAAAUGAGGUUAAUUCAGAUUCGAAAAGGGAAUCGGCGGCAUCCAAGAGGGAAUCAACUUCAAAAUUGACAUCAAACCGAAGAUCUUCGAUACCAACAACGUCAGGUGCAUUCAUUGAGACAGAAAUUGUUAUUCCAAAAGAAUUCAAGGAAGUUUCGGUUCAAACUGAUAAAGUUCCUGAAAUGGUUAGAAGUGUCUCCCUUUCUAUUAAGGAAGUGUCAGUUCAAACCGAUAAUAUUCCUGAAGUGAUUAGAAGUGGCUCCCUUUCUAUUAAGGAUGCGUCUGUUCAAACUGAUAAUAUUCCUGAAGUGGUAAGAAGUGACUCCCUUUCUACAAUUCAUACUGGCAAGUUUACGUUCGGUCAACGAGAUACUGUUUAUGGUAAUGAUUCAAAGGAUGACUCCAACGCUCGACAAUCAGUUCUUUCGGUUCCUGAAGAUAACAAAAUCGAUAAACGAUUUACGCUUGAAUUAAGUCCAGUAGCAUCGGGACAUCAGAAAAAUCAACGUUAUCAACAACGAGACAUUGUUGAAGAAAGCAAUUCUCGUGGUAUUUUACAACCUCAUAAUAAACUUCAUGACCAAGUUCUUGGAUUAUUCCCCCCACCACGACCUUCGGUUAGUCCACCAUCAACCCUCAUAGCUCAGGCUCAUACUCAUCGACCUAUAACUGUUAACUUCGGACAACAAGCGGGAUCAUCUAAAGUUUCUCAUAAUCCAUUAAAUCUUGAUAGAAAAUCUUCCACAGAUUCACAGGAAAAUUUACAGAUAAAUAAUACUCCAGGUUCUCGUUCUAUCGGAAAUGGUGUCUUUCCGAGUCAUAAGCAUACACUUAGUUCGGGUUCAGUGUCAAGUGUUAGUAGUGCUUCAACCUCAGCUGAAAAUAUAGGACGUUCUGACUCAUCUCAUGUUGAAGCUGGUAGCAGUACUGGACCCAUGACCGGACCUUCGGGAACAGAUCCAAAUAUCAUUCAUGCAAUUACUCAAACAAUGAUUGGUGAAUAUCUAUAUAAAUAUCACAGAAGUAAUUUUGGCGCUGGAAAGCGUCAUAAACGAUUCUUCUGGGUCCAUCCUUAUACCAAAACCUUAUACUGGAGUAUUAAAGAUCCCGGACAUUAUGAACCAGUUAGCACCAAAUCAAAGAAUGGCACUUCAUAUUUCGCAUACAUUGAAUCAGUAAAACAAGUUCCUGACCAUAACCCUUCACCUCCUGGUCUCCAUUAUGAAAGUUUGGUCAUUAAAACUCCUGAAAGAGAGUUGAAAUUCACGGCAUCUUCAAAAGAACGACAUGAUUAUUGGUUCCAGGCCUUAAGUUAUUUAUUACAACGACCUGAUGAGGCAGGACAAAUGGGGCCAGGUCAAACCCCAGGAAAACCUGCGAGAAAUGGAACGGAUCCAUGGGAAAAUCAAGCGAAUAUGCAAAGUCUUCACAGUAGCACAUCGCCAAACGGAUCGAUAAAGGGAUCAAAUACCAGAGAGAUUAAGAAAAAAUCUAGUUUUAAUAAAAUUCAAGCAAUGUUCCGUCGAGAUGGAUCAUCGUCUUCACAGACAUCACCACUUUCAUCGGAACUUACCGAUGGUCAAUACCAACAUUUUGGACCUUUAAGUAGUAGUAACGUCGAUGAUGAUGAACUUGAAGAUUUGGAAAAUGUACGGCAAUGUUGUGAUGGUCGUCAUGACGUGAGCAAGUUAGAACGUGGACCGAAUAAACAUCAUCAUAAUCAUUCCCAUCAUUAUUAA